UUUGAUCUCAUGACCAUAUAACCAGGAAUCUCACUUCAAUAUUCAAAAACAGAAACUUUGCAUUUGCAGUUUACCACUAUCCAAAAUAAACAUGACCACCACAUCUGCUGCUGCAGUGCUAAAUGGCUUGAGCUCCUCUUUCUUGACUGGUGGCAAGAAAACUCAAGCCUUGUUAGGUGCUCCUGUUACUGCCAGAGUUGCCACUCCCAAGAGGUUCAUUGUGGCAGCUGCUGCUGUUGCUCCCAAGAAAUCUUGGAUUCCUGGUGUAAAAGCUGGUGGCAACUUGGUUGACCCCGAGUGGCUCGAUGGCUCGCUCCCUGGUGACUUUGGUUUUGACCCACUUGGUCUUGGCAAGGACCCUGCAUUCUUGAAAUGGUACAGAGAAGCUGAGCUCAUUCAUGGCAGAUGGGCAAUGGCUGCUGUAUUGGGUAUCUUUGUUGGUCAAGCAUGGAGUGGCAUUCCAUGGUUUGAGGCUGGUGCUGAUCCUGGUGCUAUUGCACCUUUCUCUUUUGGCACACUUCUUGGCACUCAGCUUCUCCUCAUGGGUUGGGUUGAGAGCAAAAGAUGGGUCGACUUCUUCGACAAUGACUCUCAGUCUAUAGAUUGGGCCACUCCAUGGUCCAAAACCGCUGAGAACUUUGCCAACUUCACAGGCGAACAGGGUUACCCUGGUGGCAAAUUCUUCGAUCCUUUGGCAUUAGCUGGUACACUUAACAAUGGAGUUUAUGUCCCCGACACAGAAAAGCUUGAGAGAUUAAAGCUUGCUGAGAUCAAGCAUGCUAGACUUGCUAUGUUAGCCAUGUUAAUUUUCUAUUUUGAGGCUGGACAAGGGAAGACACCCCUUGGAGCUCUUGGUUUGUAAGAGAUUCAUAUUAAACAUUUCACUGUAAAAGAGUCGUUGAAUGUAGAAAGAAAGUAACCAAAGCUUGAAUUUGUCACUUCAAGCUUUUCCCUCUUGAGACA